AUGGAUGCACUAAGCACUGCCCUCCCCACCGACUUGCAGGCGCUGCGCGACAACUUUACCGUCCGCGAAGGCGACCGUGAACACUUCUACCGAUGCUGGCGCAACGCCGAGUGCCACAAGUGCCUCAGUGAGCCGCAGUGCGGCUGGUGUCCCCUCACGUGGGCGUGCGUCCCAAACUCGUACCCGAUCCCGCUGCUGGCGCCGGCGUACGACGAGGGCAUAUGCCCAUAUCGCGAGGAGCGCUGGGAGAUGCGCACGAGGCCGCUGGGUUGCCAGGUGUCGACCGUCACGGGGCUUACGGGCGUCAUCUCCAUCGCGUCGACGCUCGUCUUCCUCCUGCUGGCCGUGGAACAGGUUUAG